AUGUUUUUUGAAAUUACACUGGCCUUAAUGCUGCAUGAUUCAUUUUUUUCUCCCCUUGUUGUCAUCUCUGUCAAUUUAAGGAGAUGGGGUGCAUUCAAUGCACACAUCCUAGCAAAGUGUGAUGACCACUGGAUCACAUUGCCAAAUGCUGUCUAUGUUCCCCAACCCUUCAUCUUUGAUGGAGAAACAAUCACACCCCUGCAUGAUGGACAGUUCAGCCAUAUAGACUGUUUUCAAUGGCCACAGUUGUUCACAGAAUGCUACACAUGGAGUCUGUGUGUCCCCCAGAAAGUGGCCUAUGGAGAUGACCCAAUGUGGAAGUGGCUGUGGUGGAACAUUACCCAGUCAGUGGAGGAUUUUGUGCUGGAAAGAGGGUCUGCCUUCAAAGUUGGCAGGAUUCAUGCUGACAAGUGGAACUCAAUGGAGACCAUUUAUAAUCAACUAGACAAACAUUUGCAAGAUUGGCUAAAGAAGCACCCCCACUAUGAAGGUCCUCUGACACCCAAUUCAUGGCUGGGGUCAUGUCAGCGAUGUCUCCUGCAUCUGAAGCAACUCCCAUUUACAUUUCGAGACACAGUCAUAUUGGUCACUUUUUGUCAACACCUCCUCCUAGACAUCUUUGGCAUGCUAGAAUAUCUCGACACAGACCUUGACCCUGCUAUGGGCACUUUUGUUGAUUCAUUUGACUGCUGGAUCAGGGCAUUCACAACAGACCCCAACAUUUGCCAGCACCUUUUUGAAAUAUGUGUGCCUGUCUGGAUGGUCUGGAAACCUGAUUGUGUACCCCUGGACAUGCAAAUGUUGAAGACCAUCAAGAUUAUGUGCCCUCAUGACAUAGUCAUGGAUCCUGAGGUUUUUGAGGUCAGGCAGAUGCUGAAAUGGCACAGCACCUGGUACCACCCUGGCCUGGUGAUUGGGCUUGAGCAAUUUGUGGCUCCCUGGCUGGAACCAAUGCACACCAGCAGUGGUGUGGCCUCGACUCCCACAAGCAUGGGUCCCAUGGCUUCCAAUGCUGCAAGUUCCAGUGGUGCAAGUUCAAGUAUGGGAGCUGCUAGGAUGGGCAGGGCUCAACAACAUAAUCAGCCAUAUCCCCCUGCAGGCUCGAGAGGAGCCAAGCCAUCAGUCAUUCUGAAUCCCAAACUGUGGGAAGACCUCAGUGAUCCAGCUAUUCCCCCUGCUAUUUCUGCAUGGCACACUGCCCUGAAGGACAUGAAUAAGGAUGCAAAAAGGUCCUGGUGGGAUUUCCUGAACACAAUUCCCAAGCAGAUUUCAUCCACAUUUUCCAGUGGCCAACUAUGUGAAUCUGCCACCCUCUUCAGUCCUGAGCUUGUCAGCCUCCAACAUGACAUACCUAGCCAUGUACAAUUCCAGGAUAUUUCAAUUUCCCUUGCAGACCUCACUACCAUUGAUCAGAUGAUGAAAAGCAAGACUUUAUGGGAUUUAUAUGAACACAACUUCCAGUUCAACUUGUGGUUGAAUCAGGAUUCAGAGUGGCUCAAUCAUGUCCAGCAGAUUUUCCCUGGUGAUUCGGAACUCACCAUGUGUGCUGAGCCUUUCCCUCAGCAAAAUCAAGGCCUUGGCUCAUCUGACUUUCAAUCAAAAUGGGAGUACAUAGAGAAGCUCUGA